ACAUAUGUGGGGGUUCUGAUGAUGUGGGCUUCUACGGGAAAACUUGGGCCUGCUUAUAAUUUUAUCAUUUAUUCCAUGAUCUGUACAGCUCUGUUAUGUACCUACAACAGUAAGUAGGAAUCUCCUGGCAGAUGAUGGCUGGGAGAGUCUUGGAGAAGUUAGACGCUCUGGAUACGCGGGCGAAGAUUCUCCUGGACAGACGAGCAAAGCAAAACAGGCUUCAGAAUGAGGAGAGAGGAAAGACCUUGGUUAUACCCUUGACAUUUGACUUUCCUUUGGAGUGUGAAGAGGCUAUGGCUGCAUCCACAGCUAAGACAGCACCAAGGAUCACAGUAGAUAAGUCGUGUGACACUAAGAAAGCAAAAAAGUUUAUCUGCCUCCAAUGUGAACCUGAGCCUAUAAAAAGUGAUUUUGAAAAGUCCAAUUUGAGACUCCAUGUUGUUCCAUCAAAUAUACAAAAUCAAGAAAGUAAGUCAAUAGAUAAACUUGAGAACAAAACCAGUAAAUCACUGGAUUCUACUGGCCAUUUGGAAAAUUCUGGAAAUAGAAGAAAAUAUCCUCCUCCGGUGAAAGUUUUGCAUACAGACAAAAACCAGCCAGCCAUGGAAGACCAGCUCAGUCAGUGUUGUUCGGCAAGAAAGGACAGCUUGCUGCCCCUGUGCUUUGAGGAUGAACUGAAAAAUCCAGAUGCCAAGGUCAUCCAUGUGACUCCGGCAAGGAGCGAACCUUCUCACAAGGAACAAAAUGACAGGAACCCCAUAAUUUUCCAUGAUACACAAUAUAUACAAACAUUAAUUUUGACAAAAAACAGCUUUUCUGCCCACAUUUUGGAAAAUGAAGAAAUUUAUCCAUGUAAAAGGACAAAUUUUGUUUUAGAAAGAAAUUGUGCAAUCCUCAAAUCUUUAAUUAAUGAUGAAUCUAUUACUCUUUCCAAACCCCCAAAAACAAUGCUCACAACAAGGAGAAAAGAUAUACGAGCCAGAUCUUAGGAAAUGGGCCACUGAACCGUAAAGAAUAAACUAAAGAAGAAAACGAAGACUCAGACAUUAGAAAACAGAUCUUGGAGUACACUUCAUAAUUCCUCACAGGCUCUUUCCAGCUUAAUGAAAACAGCUGUGGAUUACCUUGAUAAAAUUGUUACUCAAGAAAGAAGUGCUACAGCUGUCAAGUUUGGAAGAAUACAUUCUAUGGUGAAACCAACAACCCCACGCAAAUUAAGUGCCUUACCUCCCAAAAGUUAUUCAAAGCCUUUAAAAAAUAUACUCGAUGUACGUAAAUUAAAUAAUGCAACACCGCUGGAUGAUUUUUUACAUAUGUCAAAAGAAAAUUAAAUGACUCCCAAAAUUUUAUCUACGCAGCAAUAUUUGGGUGACAAGAGGCAAACAACCAAGUUCCACAAUCUAGAAGAAGUUCUGAUCCAACUAGUAAUGUUCUGAUGGGUGGUGUAAGAAAGAGUGGCCUGUCAACAGUAGAUUCAUCCAGAUUCAUCAGUCAUCAUCAUUCCUACAGUGAAGUCUGAAUCACAAGCAAACAGUGUAGACAAACUGGAAAUUUGCUGUUGGAAGCUGAAUAACAACACCAAUAACCUUGUUCUGUAAUUGGCUAACAGAAAAGAUAAAUAUCAUGUACUUAAGAAAUGUGGAGUUAAUUGUAUAACAGUAUUUUAUAGAAUC